AUGGUGUGGGAGUGGCGGUGCAGCACCGAUAGCUCUGCAGUGCUCAGCAGGACUCCUGCGAUGCCAUGGGGGGGUGCAGUCGCCGAUGCUCUGAAAGCUCUCCAGGGCUCAGCUGUCUCCCGUGCCCGUGGGGCAGGGGGUGUCACAGUCACCAAGGUUUCUGCAGCUGUCCAGGGCUCCGUUGGGGCCCAUGAAGGGUUCCCAAAGGUGACAGGGGUUCUCCCCACUUCCACCACGGUGCGGGUGUGGGCAGGGCUUGGUCACCCAGGUUCCCAAACCUGUCUGAGGUUCACCUCAGCUCCCGUGAGUGUGCACCGGGGAUGGGGCAUGAACACUGAGGCCCCUGAAACUGUCCAGGGCUCUGCCUGCCUUGCACACCGCCCCUCUGGGGUGGGGCCUGGGCGGGGGAGGGCUGCCCUGCACACGGUGGGCGGGGGUAUAAGUGGGGAUGGGAGCGCGCUGCGCACUGCUGCCCCCGCCAGAGCCCUCGCCCUCUGUCACGGGGAGACCUCGCCCGACGCGCCUGCUCCUCCCCCGGUGACCCCAGGAGUCAUGCACGUUGGCCAGGCUGGCGUCCAGAUUGGCAAUGCCUGCUGGGAGCUCUACUGCCUGGAACAUGGCAUCCAGCCCGAUGGCAAGAUGCCAAGUGACAAGACCAUUGGUGGUGGAGACGACUCCUUCAGCACCUUCUUCCGCGAGACUGGUGCUGGCACACAUGUGCCCAGGGCCGUGUUUGUAGACCUGGAACCCACAGUCGUGGAUGAAGUGCGCAAGGGUACCUACCGCCAGCUCUUCCACCCUGAUCAGCUCAUCACAGGCAAGGAGGAUGCUGCCAAUAACUAUGCCCGUGGGCACUACACCAUCGGCAAGGAGAUCAUUGACCUGGUCUUAGAGCAGAUUCGGAAACUGGCCGACCAGUGCUCGAGUCUGCAGGGCUUCCUGGUUUUCCGCAGCUUUGGCGGGGGCACCGGCUCCGGGCUCACCUCCCUGCUGAUGGAGCGUCUCUCCGUUGACUAUGGCAAGAAGUCCAAGCUGGAGUUCUCCAUUUACCCAGCCCCGCAGGUCUCCACAGCUGUCGUAGAGCCCUACAACUCCAUCCUCACCACCCACACCACCCUGGAGCACUCUGACUGUGCCUUCAUGGUAGACAACGAGGCCAUCUACGACAUCUGUCGG